CGUGCAGCGGGCGGGCAGGCCGAUUGACGGGGCGGUCUGGCCUGGCCUCCUCAAAGUGGGAGGAGAAGGGAAGGGGAAAGGGGAUGGGGAGGGAGUAACUCUGAGAGAUGACUAUGUCCAAAGCGCGUACGCUCUCUCACGGAUGCACGCACGCAUACUCAUAGCUUUGCUGUUUCACGGCAGGGAUUCAUUAUUCAGACGAGCCGAUGUUUCUGUGUGUGUCUGGAUAUAUAUCGGAGACCAGAUCCAUUCUUCCGUGCAGCCAGUGAAACUUCCUUUUGUAAUUUCAACCCACCCAGCAUCCCACCACCCAUCUCGACCACUCCUGGAUUCACCCCCUCCCCAACCUCAUCCCUACCCACAGUUGGUGCAGAAGACGAACUUGUGAGCAGGAGUGUAAAGGAUGGGUGGGGUUGUUGGGGGUCGGGGAGGAGAGGAAGGUUUGGCAGAGGGAAUCUUCGAAGCCCAAAACUGGGGGUUUCGUUACAGAGGACGGAAACGAGGCACUGACUGAUUUUGCAGCGUGUGCCCUCUAGUCUCGCUUGCGAAGACCAGGGUGGGAAGAGUUCUGGGCAAAGGCAGGACAAGCAGUCCUUGGCAGCGCACCAAGGACAUUCCACAUCACGAGGCCGGAGUGACAGGGUCUGGACAGGAUUUAGUGCCUUAGUCGCUACCAUGACGCCGGCCAGCGCUGCAGCUUGGAAAGUAAGAAAGAUAAGGAGGGUGUGAUUGUUCUAAAGACUGGCUUUUUCUUCAUCUGGCUCUUGUCUUCGAUUCUUCGUCUGUCUGCCGGGAUCAGCGUUUGUACGACCUGUUUACAUCAGCUCAGCCUGACGAUGAUAACAUCAGCUGCUGACACAACGUCCAUCACCGACACCCGGCAAAGCGCACUGCACCUCGUCACCAACCACCCGUUGUUUUUAGAUUCAUGAGAGAAAAAAAGUCUUCUGAAGUAUUCUGGGAAAAUUCUUUCAAGUCACGACUGCAGGAGAUUGUGUUUCUCAUCAGUAAAGAUAUGAAGUUGAUGUAACCAGUGUCACUAUGACAACGACAGUUUGCAUCUGUAAAGCUUCUGCACGUGCUUAGACGUGAGCCUGAAAUCUCGAGCUAACGUGAAGGCUCGGGAGUUUGCAGGGAAGACAUGUCUGCAGGAACUGAAGACUAAAUGAAAAUAUUAAAUUAUCUGCAGGCUUCCUCUGACACCUCCAAAAAAGAGGAAACUGUGCUUCCCACCUCCUUCAUGUGCAAACAGAAUGUAAAACUUCACGGACGAAAGAGAAAGCACGUGAAAUUGCGCUGACGUGAGGUUCACACGCCAACCAGUUUAUGUUCCAGAGAAUAGGAAUGCAAAAGCACGUGGACCAGAGAGCGGAAAACAUGAUUACUGACAUCUUCAGGGAGAAUUACAAGAACAGCACAGCGUGCAACGUGGAGCGCAGGCGAGAGCAUCAUGCCGAGUGACGAGAAAGAGAAAAACACCUUUGGAGGGUCUUGCUUCGCGGAGUUGGCGGAUGUUGUAAGGUCGUGACGAAACCGAGGCUCGAUGUGCAGCCACGCCAACGGCGUCAGGCCGGCGACCUUGAACCUCAGUACGGAGAUGCAUCCGGGGAGUGAUGGGGAUUCUGGUGGAGGCAGCGCUUCCAGCGGCGAGAGUCUGCCGCAUGAUGGAGUUGUCCCCAUGGUGAGACGGAACUGAAAACGGCGCUAAAAAUGCGUUCCAGUUCAGUGGACCCUUGGACUGACAGUCAACCGAUACAAGAAUGCACAAAGCUGGCUUAUGCGCUGAGCAAAGAGAUAGCUUUGUUCUGCAACCUGUCCAUGGGUCUGGGAGGCGUCUCCGACUCCGACCGUCUGCGGGACGAACUGCGCCAGAGUCGAGACCGAGCAUGCGCUUUGGCGCACGAAAACAAAAUUAUCUUACUUCCGUUGUUGAAAAGCACCAGAAAAAGCAGCGACACUCGAGGGGAGUUGGAGCGGCUUUACCGUCUUUACUCAGCCUGUCUGGAGUUCUUCGAGAUACAACUACUGAAAGUGCGGUCUCUGCUGGCUCUCUUUCCCCUGCACACAGAAACUUGCCUCUUCAUCAAUACUGGCAUCGCGGACCCUCUCAGCAUCCUGUCUCGAGCCACUACCUGUGCAUCGAAGGACUCGCCUUUCAGGAGGCGGCGGUCCUCGGACGAUCAGAAGUUCGUAACCAAGGAGAAGGACGAACUGGAGCGAAUAAAGAAGGAAGCCGCCAACAUCCAGGAGAUCCUGUACAAUGUCAGCAGCACGGUGGACAUCCCUCCAUGGGAGAUCAUCGAGACAACGAAGCAAAAUGGAAGAAGCCGAAGCACCUCUCCUGAUCCCAGUGCCGGUCGCCAGAAGGAGCCUCUGCACGUCCCCUCAAGUCCUCUUCGACGACGACGGGUGCUGCUGGUUAUUUUGUUGACGCUGACCGUGCUGGCCCUCCUGGCCAUUGCCAUUGCAGUUCCGAUGGCAAUGUCAAAAGAGAAUGGAUGACAUGAGUUUGAAGCUCAUUUUUUCCAUCUCUUUCCGCAAACUAUCUACUCGAGCGCGCGCAAGCGUUCAAAGUAAACACAAAUCAUUGCCACAGGCCUGGUCGAUGGGUAUGUGAAAAAGAUAAACUUUUUUUCUCUCUCCUGACCUACUACUGGAGGAGCUACAGUGGAUUGUAAGUGAGAAAGAUGCUGUGUGCUGCUCUGUAACCAUAAAGACAUUUGGCAGAUGUUUAUCAUUGAUAAACCUGCAUCAGAGUUAGGUACGGUGAACACACUCUUAGUCAGCUUCAUGUUAUGUUUAAUAAAUAACCGAUACUGGCUACUUCUUACCUGUGACUGACUGGGACUAGAAGCAAUAUUCCCUCACGAUAUCAACUACCAGUUCGAAAAUUUUGUGUAAAUGUUUUGAACAAACACACACAAAAGCUUUUUGUCCUUCUGAGGCAGUUUUGCCCAAAUCUCAGUUGUAGAGUAUCGGCACCACCUUAUCUUGGGAAAAAUGUCCAAGUGCCAGUUGCAAGCAAUAUUACCUGUGCCAUUAAAUCAGUCGUCAGCUUUUUUGUUGCUCCCAGGUAUAACAGUGCGGAAAGGUGCUGGAAGGAUAAGGAUACUAAUUUUUUUUUUAAUAUACACGAGGUGUCGCAUAGGAAUCGGCGCAAACGAAAGCAAGAUCAUUUCUCCAGAUGCUGGCCUUGCAUUUCUAAUGCCACUUGAACCUUGUGUAUUCUACCUCACACGCAGGAAUGGCGCAUACCUAAUCCAUUAAUGACAUGGAUUCUUUUCUGAGAUGCGAAUGUGGGACCUUUGACUUUGACAGAAAAAAAAAGAUCUUUGGGGUGUUCUCAUCGUUUGAGAUAAUUAUGCAAGUUGUGUCUUUGCCAAACUGUAUCCUUCAGAUUACUCUCAAAUAUCAUUACAAACAAUAACUGUUUAAAGACAUUUGAUUUUUGUCAAUGCGGGGUUCUGUGUACCUAGUUUUGCUGCCAGUGCUGAGGUUGAAGGUAAGUUCAAGGCUGGUCAAAUGUUGCUGCAAGGUCAGCAUCAGCACUUUGCUGGCAAACGGCUACAUGACGUCAGCACUUGGGGAGAUUGCCUCCCUGGAAUUCUCAUUAACGGGUUCGUGGCUUUCUUGAAGAUGAUGCAAGGCAUGCAGACGACUCAUUGGAAUUCUACUUUUAUGUUUCUCGGCGUCACGCACCAGCGACAAGCAUCCAUCACAACCCAGUUGCAUCUGAUGGACCGACUGAUUAAUUAACAUGUUUUAUUGCAGUUGUGCUUCACGAAUUGCCAGAAAAAGUCGGCACUUUUUUUGGAUCGCUAAUUCUUUUGAAAUAUGCACCGGAAGUGUGUGAUGUCAAGCGAAUAUCCAGGUGUCUGGGGAAGGAUGAGGGAAGAGCGGAAAGAGCGAUUGGGAAGAUAAAAAAAAAAAAGGAAUUUCUGGGAGAGUCCGGACCCUGGCUGCCGGUACAUACACUUUCUCUGCCUUACGUAAUGUUGAUCAAUAUCCUGACGGGUUCAGCGAGAUGGGAUGCUGAGAUUUCUACCCCGAGCUUUCAUGAUUAGCUCUCCGGGUCGAUUCUUAGCCAGUCUUCAUAUCGACAAGCCAUUUUCAACAUCGACAGACCACGCAAUAAAUAUUAUCAGCAGCAUAAUAGUUGCAGGAGAUGCUGGCUGGGUGGGUCUUGGAACGACGAGGGCAGACCACGAAGGGAGAGUAACGAUGCCAAACGUUCAUUCAGACUUCUGCGUUGUAAGUACAAGAGUUCGAAAAAUAUUCGAGGUUCCAUAGCUUGACAAAGUGUUUCAGUUUUCAUUACAUCAAGUUUGCAACGGUUUGUCAGUUUGUGAUUGUCAGGAUGGUUUGGAAACUGAUACUGUAACCACUGCUGUUCAUGUCUUUAUGUAUGCUAUAGAACAGCUAUUCUGUGUUAAGGAGAGGUGUUCAUAGACACACCUGAGGUUACUGGUGUCAUCGCAUCAUCUAGCAGACGGCCAUAAAGAUUUUAUAUCAUCCAUUCUCUGCCUUUUCUCCUCUGCCAGUCAUUAUCGCUCGGUUUUCAGCGAUGUUAUUUUUCUGUAGGACCUUGUACUAGACAAUUCUUAUUGUUAGUUUCCAGACUUUGUCUUCACCUAUGUCAGUCUUCUCUGCUUAUCAGAAUCUUUAGACAAAUGAAUGCAAAAAUGCUUAAAAUUUCUGGUAUUAGUAUUUAACUGACAGGAUGCGCGAUACUGCUGUUACCAUGGCAACUGCAGUUUUUCGCAUUCCUUGUCUCUUCAUCCUCGCUCCUCUGUAUCAAGUGUGUAUAUUUGUGAUUUAACGAGGAAGCUAUUUCUAAGCAUUGGCGUGGUUAGUUUUGCAGAGCCUGUAAUCUUUCUACAUCGUGCUGCAGGAUACCUGUUAGAAAACGAACUUCAAUUUUUUUAUGAUACGAAAUGAAGCACACUCGGUGCACUUAAUGUAUAAAGGUAUGGAUUUAAAAUGAAAAAAAAAAUUGCUCGUAAUUCUGUCAUUCCAGAACAUCUGUGAACUUACCGAACAGGUUCUCAAUUCUGGUCUCGGGUGCGUUUGAAUCGAUGGGCUGGGGUCAUGACCUCAGAAAUACCCUCCCUCCUGCUUCAGAAACCAGACUCGACAUGACCGUGGUUGCUAACCAUCGAAAAUAUCAUAAAAAUAAAGUUUAAGUCAAGUCAGAUGUAAAUUCCGAAUAAAAUGCCUCAUUAAGUGGCUCCAUUUUACAGUCUGACAGAGUUUUUAAUGUUCUCCAAGACCCACAAGAAGCUGAGAAGUUGGAGAGUAUCUCUGAGACAAACACCCGUUUAUUCAAGUUCAUGCUUUUAACAUACUGGAUAUUUUUACCUGAGAUUUUGAGAUUCACCUCUCUCGUUUUUUCUGAUGACUGAAAGGAGCUAUAAGCUUGAUGAAUCUUUCCCAUGAGCAUGGUGUUUGAGCUUAUUCAUGUUAGAUUAUUUUUCUGACCAAGUUCUGACAAGAACUAUUUGCUAAGUAGUCGUUCAUGGACUGCACUCUUUCCAUUCUAUAUUCACCUCUUUUUUAGCUCCAUCUUGAUUUUUGUCUACAAACAAUAUUGUCAUUGUUCGUCAUUUAAUGACAAAUUAGACAAAUGGCUUCUUUGUACAUUGGCAGAAACAAGACUUGGGGAUGCACGAACUUUUGUAUGUUACAUAUUGAGAAGUUACUGAGAAUUUGCGAUCGAAGUAUUACGAGUAAAGUGUCUUGUACAAAAAAACUUUGGACUGCAUUUUACUAGAUAAAUCACAUACCUAUGACUUCUACCACAUAUUUUUAUGUAUGCUUUCAAACAUGCAAAUAAAUUCAUCUAGAAUUAUA